ACUCAAUCCACCCCGUCGAAAAGCCUUUUCAAGUCAAAUCCCCGUGUCGUGCUUCCCAGCCCAUACCACCCCAACACCGUCCUUUUCAUCGAUUCUGAGCGAUUUUUUCCUUCUGGAUGACUUCGCUCCAUCCAUUUCUAUUUUUUUCAGCGCGUUUAUCGAAUGUUGUGUUCUCCAAAUAGACUCGAUGCUCCGUGAAGAGCUGCUCAGGUCUAGGAAAGAUGAGAUCGCACGUUGUCUGUUGACGCGAAAGCGCAAGUUGAGCGAGCUCUACUUUGCGACCGUAGGCCUCCCGGGCGCGACCGAGGGCGCUCCAGCGGACUCAUUGUAUCAACAGAAAGAACAAGCAUUCCUCGACGCCAACGAUCUUUCUAAGGGUCGCUAUUUUAAUGAGAUCACUCUUCCACCUCUCGCCAACAAUGCAGCUCCCCUGCCACGCCCGCCGGGCAAGGAUGCAUUGCUGGGGGCUACAGGGGCUGAGUCGAAGACUCGCAGAGGGGCAGAUCCUGCUCUACCACCAGGAGUAGAAGCCAGGGUGUCUGUGAAACCUCCAGCACCAGCCCUUGAGCAUGAACUGAAGGCUCAAAAUCAAGCGGCUGGACAACAUCCCAGUGUCGUUCCAGGCGUACGGACUCCUGUACCCGAGAAACCUCGUGAGCCAUCGUCAUCGGCGAUGCAACUUGUUCCAUCUCCUUUGCAAUCUCAGGAAAAGGCGAAGACUUCUGUCUUGGAAACUCCUCUUCGUAGCCGAAGCCAUGACGCUCGAGAAUCUAACGGCCUUUCUUCAGGCCGAGAUGGUCCAGCGCCUGUAGAUGGUGUCCCUGCUGCGUUGACCCCAAAACCAAAUGAGGGGCCGUCGCCAGCUGUAGGACCUCCGCAGACGGCCGAUCAGCCUCUAUCGCCAGUGUCUUCCGUCGAGCCGUGCUCGACUAAUACUCCUGUCCCUGUUGCUACAUCUGCAGAGACUAGUCCUGUUGAAGAAGUGGCAGAUGCAGUGGAGAAGAUCGACCAAACUGGAUUUGAACGUGACAAACCCUCUGAAGCUCAUGCGAACCUGGUUCCAUCUACACCAGACGAACAGCUUAGACUGGAAGAGGCUCAAUCCCUGUCUGCUGGGAAAUCUAUCAGUGGCAUUACUAAGAACGGCUAUCAUCCGUCUGCCAACGAGGUUAUUCAGGAGAGCGUUGCCCCAACGUCAACUGUCGGAAAGGACCAGAUCAAUGUGACCCAGGAAAUUGAAAUUCCAUCCUUACCUUCCGAAGCUAAGAAACCAAGCGAAACUGUUCCUUCACUUAAACCAGAAACUCAAGAGCAACUUCCAGCUAAACCAUCAGAACCUGUCGAGUUGGACACCAAGAAGAGCCCAGCGGUGUCUGCAACUCUGGAGAAACCCCAGCAGCCAUCGGUUCCUCCAUCUGAAAGGAUGAUGACCAGAGUUUCUUCUGGCGCUAUUCGUCAUAAAUCUGUCUCUGAAAUUCUUGGUGAGACGCCGAAAUUCUCGAUUUCACAAGCGGAAAGGGCUGUCACUCCUGCAAAGAGUAUGUUGGUUGGGCCUGACAAGAUAGCCUCGGCGUCUGCUGCAAAAAUUCGUUUUAAGGACCGAAAGGAACGAGAGAAGGAAAGAAGUAAGUUAUCAACGGUUGUGUUUCCGCGACAGCAGCCGGAGAAAAGUGAAUCGAUGGAUUUAGUUUGUCGAAACGCGGAUGACAUGAUUGCCAAAGUGAAUGAAGAGCAGGACUACCUGUUUACUCUCUUCCAAAACAGAGCCUACACUCCUCCCCGGGGAGUGAGUCUUAACACACUUCUGGCAUCUGCUCACAAGACUCUGUCCACUGCAAAUCACUAUCUCGAAUAUCAGGAACAGAUGGAUUGUCGCGCCCUCAGACGCAUUUAUUCACUUCAAAAUGCUAACAGAUGGCCGUUGCGCCAACUGAAACGAUCUGUUGAACCCCCGCGGGAGGCUUCACACUGGGACGUUCUCCUGGACCAUAUGAAAUGGAUGCGUACCGAUUUCAGGGAAGAACGGAAAUGGAAGAUUGCGGCAGCAAAGAGCUGCGCAGAUUGGUGCGCUGAUUAUGUUAACAGUGACCCAGAGCACCGAGAAUUUCUCCGGAUUCAGGCUAGAAUCCCUCCAUUGAAAAGCAGUGUUGCCGUACCGGACUCGGAUUCCUCUGCACAGGAAAUAGACGAAGAGAUGCUUGGAACUUCUCAUCCUACUCCAGACCUUGUUCCCUCAACUGAGGAGGAUUCUGUCAUCGAUGGUUUCAAUGACGAACCUCGUCAUGAUCUCCAUGACACAAUUGCGCCUGCAGCUAUCUUCUCACUCGGUUUAGACGAGUUUACCUUCUCAAUGGAUAUGACACCAGCUGCGGACAAGCUCCUCGGCGAGCUGCCACUCUACGCUCCUGUCACGAUCGCCCCUGGGACGAACAUGCCGACAUUUAAGGCACUGCCAGACGCGGAGUGGAAAACCAGUAUUGUUCCCGUGUCGAAGUAUGCGACUGGACAUAUUAAGUACCAUGAGUAUGAGCCAGUCAGGAAACGUAGCAGAUAUGAUUAUACUCAAUAUGAAAAUGAGCGGGAAUACCAGACAAUGGAGCUACCGCCGGAGCAGACUGACGUCGCCCUUUUCCGUCCUGAAAACAAACCCAUACGUGAUCGUAUACAUCCCGGACAUUCUUUCAGACCCCCAACGGAGUAUCCAAUGCCAUCGGUCGGGUUCUUUGAAUCCAGGCAGUCAUCACAAUGGACGUAUGCUGAAGAUGAUGAGCUACGCCGCCUGGUCAAAGAGUACUCGUACAAUUGGUCGCUCAUCUCUAGCUGCCUCACUCCCUCGUCACAAUUUACAUCUGGCGCUGAAAGACGGACUCCUUGGGAAUGUUUUGAACGUUGGAUUGGGCUGGAAGGGCUUCCAGUUGACAUGUCGAAAACUCAGUACUUUCGGGCUUACCAUCAAAGGCUGGAAACGGCUCAGCGCAAUGUGCUGGCGCAACAGCAAGCUGCUCAACAGCAACAACAGCAGCAGGGCAAUAGUUCCCAAGGACAGACAUUGAUUCGCCGGCGGACGACGCAGCCCGUUAGGGUUGACCGCAGAAGGUCCUCUAGGCACCUUGCGUUACUUGAUGCUAUGCGAAAGCUGGCUAAGAAACGGGAGACAAUGCUUCAGAAGCAGCAGCAUGCCUCUCAUCUUGCAUCGCUAAGGAAGGCCAAUGAAGCGAACCAUCCGAAGCCUCCAAUCUCGUCCCCAGCUGAAUUCAGUCGACUCAAGUACGACCGGGAGCAAAAGCUGCAAGAGAGACAAGAGCAGUACCGGCAGCAAAUGUUGGCCCAACAAAGGGCUAACCUUGCUGCUCAACGUGCCGGUCAAAUUCCCGCCCAGCAGCAAAUGAUGAACAUCCCAGGUCGUCCAGCCGGAGUACCUCAUAAUCCUGCAGCUCCUGGACUUCCCGGUAACGCCCCAAACGGGUUAUCAAAUGGACUGCCGCCUGGCGUCGGAAUCAACCAUCGUCCUCACUCUAUGCAAGGAAUACCUGGAGCCACUCCUGUCAAUGGCCCUGUACCUCACAACGGGAUGACAAUGAAGAUGAUGCCCCAGGCAGGGAUACAGCCAAACGGUUCCCGACCGGGAAUACCGAUCCAAGCUAUUUCUGACAAUACACGAGUGAUUCGAGAAGCGAACCGUCUCCAAGAGCAGCAGCGCAUAUUGCAGUCUCGCCAACAUCAACAGCAGCAGCAAGGACAACAGCAACAGCAACCGCAGCAGCAACAAUUUCAUGGCCAACAAUUCACGCCUCAGGGGUCUCACUCGCCGACCAUGAAUAUGUCAAAUACUAAUGGUGGACACAACAAUCCCGCUAUGGUCGCAACCCUUCAGGCUGUGGGAGGGAUACAAAAUCCAUCAUCUUUCCACAACGGUAGUGCUCAAAGCGUAUCAACUCCUUCUCCUCGCAUGGGUCAACCCAACCCUCUUUCCAGCGGAGUGGUUCCAACAAUUAGCACUAUCCAAAGCCAAAUACAACGGAGCAACCCAAACAUGCCGCCCGAACAAGUCAGCAAACUUGCCACUGAGCGCCUACACCAAUACCAGCAACAGCGGAUGUCGCAGGUUGCUAUGAAUGCAGCUGCGGGUAAUCUUGGCGCCUCUCAAGCAAACUACCAGAUACCGCAUGAUGCAAAUUUCCAGGCACAUCCACAGCCUAGCAUUCCGAACGGCACACCUGGAAUCCACAUUCAAGGGUAUUCGCCUGUGAUGCGUGCUCCACAGAAUGCACAGCAAAGCCGUGUUAAUGUUGGGAACUCCCCUCCCGUGAAUGGGGGUGUCCCUCAGUCUAGCAGAAGCGCCACUCCGCAAACUCAGCGAAGUGGUAGCGUCCAAACUGGUUCAGGGCCAGGCGCCAGCAGAAGUCCACGGGCUCCCCAGGCGCAAAUGGCAAGCAGUUGAUACGUCUGAAGCUUGAUUUUAGCUGCUCGUGGUGGGAUUAUUAUUAUUACGCAGCUUUCUUUGCGCUGUACAUAUUAUUCGAAAAGAACCUUUAUUUCCACUAAACCAUCUUCACCCUUGUCUUUUACUCCCAAUCCACAUGUCAUAUUAUUCCUCUACGUCUCUGACAUCUUCCCGUGGCCUUUCCCAUUCCUUCUCUUUGUUACGCCUCAUGUCCUUGUCAUGACCCUUGCACUAUUUUGCUUUUACUUAGCUAUUCCUAUCGCCCUGUUCCCACUUUUUCUACGUUUAAUGUUUCUAGCGUUCCAAAGCCUUCCGGUUCUAUUGGUUUGCAGGUUGUCGCUAGCAUCUAUCCGGCGGUUGGUUCUGGGUCUUUUUUGUACUACUAGUAUUAAUAGGAUGGAUGAAGAAUAUGGGAAUGUAUUGAAUAGAAAUAAGCCUUUGCUGCAGUAGAAGAGGAUUGUUGCUUGAGUUCUUUCUAUGUCAAAUUAAGAUGGCCAAGUUAAGCGCGCGCUUGUGUAUUUUAUUUGC